AUGCUGAUACUCGGCAUCCUUGGGCCCCGAGCCUCUGCCCGCGCCUGCGCCCGCGCCCGCGCCGUCUCCAUCGCGCAUCCGCCACGGCGGUCGCUCCAGCCUCUGAUCCCGUGGGCGCACCCGCCGCCACCGCCGCCGCAUGUCUCGCCGAGACGCCACGCCGGGGGGACGGCAAACGCCCAGGCCGCGAGGGCCAAGGCCGCCGUGAAGGGCCGAUGCGAAAUCCCGGAGCGGCUGCUCAUCUACCACGCCGGCAGGGUCAGAGUGGCCUCGCUGGCCAUGCUGAGACUGACGAGCUUGCUGCUCGGCGCGCUGUUUGCGCUUGUCGUUGUGCCGAGCUACGUCAAGGCGGAGAAGCCGCUGGGCGACACGGCAGCCGUUGCCGUUGCGGGCGUCGUGCCCGUCCUGUUCAUCGCCUACACGACCGGCCCCAUGGUCACCCACAUGCACAUCCACCUCCCGCCGGCGGCGCGCGCGUCCCGCCAGGCCCUGGAGCGCUUCGUGCGCGCCAUGCCGGCGUCGACGCGGCUGACCCUGACGACCAUGAGCCCCAUCGCCAAGCCGAGGUACAGCAGCGCCCGGGUGGCCGACCUGGUGCCCGUGACGAGGCGCCUCGGGCUGGUCAACUACGUGCGCGACGCGGCGGCGGAGAAUGCCACGCGCAAGUGGUACAUGCACCGGGCCGUGGGGGGGUUCUACGUGCAGCCCCAGCCCCGGACCCGGACGCGGACGACGGGCGCGACCGCCGGCGGCGUGGACGGGUGGAUCUGGGACGCGGCGCGGAGCCGGCGACGAAGCUCGCCGUGA